UUAACAAAAACAAAAUUUCUGUUUGAAAUAUUAAUAUUUCCACGCACAUACAUUGUCAAAUUUGAUAAUUCAUUGCAAACACUUUGGCAGCGCCUGUCGGCUGUUUGCCAUGGAUAACAAAAGCGCAUGCUACGAUGCCUAUAUAUACGACACUGCGUUACCCAAAACAAUAAUAUCACCCACGUCGUCUGUAUCUGUGAAGUUCGUUGAGUCGUCGAGUCGUAUUUCACACAUUCAACACAGUUCAUUCUCUUGGGAACGUGAGAGAUAAGCAGAUAUAUAGUAUAUAAGGACUACAUAUAUUCGUACGUUUUCACCAGAAUAAUAAAUAAAACAUUGUAUUUUUUGUAAUAUAACUCUGCGUAAUUAAAACGUAAAAUGGUGCCUUUUGACGUCUCUCUUGACGUAUGCAAUAAUGCUGUGGCUUUCUCUAGAGCGCGCAUUCCUAGGAGUCUGUAAAUAAAAAUUAUUUAUGUACUUGUAAACCUCGACGAUUUAUAGUCUCUGCUACGAAAAUGAGUAAUCAACAAUUAAGCAGCUUAAUCAAGUGGUUGAAUACGUUUGAGCUUUGUGCUCCACAUUCAACUCCAGAAGAUAUAAGUACAGGAGUGGCAAUAGCAGAGGCUCUGGUACAAAUUGCUCCGGAAUGGUUUACUACCACUUGGCACUCAAAAAUCAAAUCCGAUGUAGGUACCAACAAGCAUAUUAAGAUAAGCAAUCUCAAAAAAAUUGUAGAAGCUGUGAUAGAGUAUUACGUAGAAUGCUUAAGUCAGCCACUCUCAGGUUAUGUUAAGCCUGAUGUUCAGAAGAUUUCUGAACACUAUGACAGUAUUGAACUUAAGAAGCUUCUGCAGCUUAUACUGGGCUGUGCAGUCAAUUGUCAUGAAAAACAACAUUAUAUUACUCGUAUCAUGGGUUUGGAAGAAUCAGUACAACAGGUCAUAAUGCAAAGUAUUCAAGAGUUGGAAAAUAGUGUACAUGGACCAAGACUUAGCUUAGGAGCUAGCUUAAAUUUUGAAUCUUUUGAUGCUACAGAUGGAACUCAACAGAGGCUGUUAAAUGAACUUCAAGCUGCUAUUGAUGCAAGAGAUCAAAUAGAGCAAAAAUAUCAUGAUUUUCAUAAACAACUGACUUUCUUACAAGAAGAAAAUCGAACGCUACAAGUUGAAAAUAAAAAAUUGCAAGAAAGAUUGGAUGAAUUUGAGACUCCUGAUGAAAAUGGUGCUUCAUCAAGCAUCAAAUAUUUUGGACUACGAAAGCAAGUUGAAGCAUUGAAAGAAGAAAUUUUUAGAGUAGAAACAACGCGAGAUGACUACAGAUCUAAAGUAGAAUUGCUAGAGAAAGAAUUGGUGGAGCUGCAGAAUAAACAAAUUGAUCUGCAAAAAACAGCUGAUGAAGCUCUCCAUCUUAAAGAUGAAAUUGAUGCUCUGAGAGAAACUGCAGAUAAAGUUGCCAAGUAUGAAGUAACAAUUGAAUCAUACAAAAAAAAGAUGGAAGAUUUCAGUGAUCUUAGAAGACAAGUGAAAAUUUUGGAGGACAAAAAUACAGAGUACCUCCAGUACAAAGUAGACUACGAAGAGGAAAUGAAAAGAAUGAGCAUUGUAAAGACACACAUGGAAGUAGUAAGAAAGCAGCUCGCAGAGGCGACUCUGAAGCUUGAUGAGCAGACUAACAAGUGUGAUAAAUUGGAAUUUGAAGCGAAGAAACUUGAGGCACAGUUGAGCGCUGCUCAACGUGAAAGGGACAGGCUAGCUAAAGAACGCGAUACUCUAAAAGAGACCAAUGAAGAACUCAAAUGUACUCAACUAAAUAACGUCGAAAACAUAACGAAUUUAAGUACCGAUGAAGCUCUAGUUAAUACCGAAAUAAUUCCACCGGCGAUCAAAGAGAAACUGGUACUUUUACAACAUGAAAAUAAAAUGCUAAAACUCAAUCAGCAAAAGGGUAACGAUGACAAACUGCCUAUACAGGCAUUGCUGGAAGAUUCUGAGGAAAGGAUGAAAGCUCUUAGGGAUCAAAAUCGCCAGGCUAAUCAGAGGAUAAUUGAAUUAGAAGCCAAACUUGAAGAUAUAAAAGGUACUCAAAGCUCAGAAUCGAAAACUGAACAAACGAAAUUGCAUAAUUUACAAGAGGAACUGCGUAGAUUGCAAGCCGAGUGCGAACGUCUAAGUAUGCAUAAUGAAGAGCGCGAAAGUAGCUUGCAGAUGCAAAAACAAAAAGCCGUGUCACUCCAAGAAAAUUUGUCUCGCAAAGAAACCGAAUUAGCAUCAUUGGAAGAUCGCUACAAGAAGUACGUGGAGAAGGCUAAGAGUGUCAUCAAGAUGUUAGAUCCGAAACAGCAACACAGUACCAAUGCUUCCCCCGCAGAAUUGGCUGACAAACGAAAGAAUAUUGAAGAUGUCGAGAGAUCGUGUAAAGAAGCAAAAAUCAUUCGAGAGAUGGAAGAGAAACUCAUGCUUACCGCAUUUUACAAUUAUGGCAUGACCAGACAGCGUGAUUCCGUUGAUCAAAGGCUCGCGGCUUUAAGUUCAGGGCAAGGGCAAUCAUUUCUUGCCAGGCAGAGACAAUCUACUCCAAGAAAAGUCUAUACUGUUUACAACUCGAAGUAA